AUGCCCGCCUGGGUGCGGAAGGAACUUUGUCGUCUUGUAUUCUCCUUCUUCUGGUCCGGUAAACGGGAACUUGUGGCCUGCACUGCCGUAACCCAGUCCCCCCUAUUCGGUGGCUUUUCUGUUGUGGAUGUUUCAUUUAAAGUACGGGCCCUGCUCGGCCAGUGGGUGAGAAGGGCUGUCUCCUCCCCAUCCGACUGGUGCACCAUGUUGUCUUUCUACUGUCAUUCUCAUUUUGGUGUCACUCCCCUUGUUGUUUUUUCUCGCCCUUUCUCCUUCGAUCCCCGUGUCUUACCGCCCUUCUACGAGUCCCUUAUCCUUGCUUGGCGCGGCCUUAACGGCUCUUUUUCCACUUGCCACAACCACCUCAUCUUUGGUUCUUCCUGCCCACUUGUCUGCACUCCUGCCUCUGACAUGUCUACAAAGUCCUGCUAUUCCUAUCUCUUAUCUGAGAACAUGGUCCAACCACACUGCAUCGAGAAAUUCAACCUCGUUUAUCCAUCUCUGGAUUGGCCUGCCACGUGGCGCUCUCUGUCACUAUUCGAUCUCGUCCGUCUUGUGAUAGACCUCAACAGGAAGAUUGCGCAUGGCGUCCUGUACACCGCCCACCGUCUUGUCUCUUUUGGAUUGCCAGUUCCCCUCCCCUGCUUCUGUGGUGCCCCAGUGGAAACACUGGAACACCUGUUCUUCUACUGCCCCCCUGCUCAAAGUAUACUCUCCUGGCUCCAGUCUCUUAUGUUUUGUUUCUCUUCCAUGUGCCCAGUGUUACUCCUCCAUCACGUUCUCUUCGGCUUCAACUGUGAUGAGCUGAUUCUGAUUGCCACCCCCCGUAUCUUUGUGUACCUUCUCAAUCUGUCCAAAUUCUGUAUCUGGCAAUCCCGGAAUGACUUCCGCUUCCGUAACACCCGUCCUGGCGCUGUGACGGUCAUGGCUAACAUUCUGUCUCGUCUCAAACAUCACCUUCCCAUCUUCUUCAAACGCUUCAAGUCAGACAGACGCCGUCACUUUUUUCACCGGCAGUGGGGCGCCCGUGGAACCAUAGCUUCUGUUAUGCGGUUUGAGAUUGAUCGAGCACGGGAUGUCGCUGGUGAACCAUCAAUAGCAGAUAUGAUAGCAAUAGCCAUCAAAAUUCUGGAGAAAUGA